AUGGGCGCGCUGAAGAUCGUCGGCAUCGGCGGCAGCAUCGCGGCGGCGGUCGUCGCGGCGAGGUUCCACCGGGAACUGGGUGACGUGUACCGUGCGGAGACAGAGACGUACAAACUCGAGUCCGCGGUGCGAGAGGAGACGGCGCGGAUCACCGAGGUCACCGCGGAGCUCGGCGUGCGGGAAAAGGAGAUCGACGCGCUCCUGCGGGAGGUCGAGUCGAACCAAACUGCCGCCAGCACUGCAGCGUCCGCACUGGAGGAGGCGCACAAGCGCGUGGCGCAGAUGCAGCGGGAGAUCGCGGAGGCCGAGAAGCGCGUGCAGGACGCGGAGGCCAAGCUCGUGGACGCCAGCCAGCAGCGCAAGCUCCUCGCUGCGGCCCGGGACCGUUUCAGCCGCAGCGUCGCGGAGAACAACGAGCGCCUCGGGGCGGUGCGGGCGCGCGCGCAGGAGGCGCGGGCGCGGAUGAACCCGUUCUCGAGCUCCUUCAUGAAGGAUCUGGUCAAAUAG